UGUCAGCUCACAGCCACUGCCCCACAUUCCACUUGCUCUCACUCAAGAACAAGUCUCCUGAGUUUGUAAAGAUGCCUCAGCUCCUGAGAGACAUCCUCUGUGUAAUUGAGACAUUCCACAAGUACGCCAGGGAGGAUGGUGGCGUAGCGACGCUGACCUGCACAGAGCUGAAACAGCUCAUCCAGAGCGAAUUUGAGGACAUUUUGCAGCCAUGUGCCACCCAUGCUGUGGAGAGCAACUUGAAUCUUCUGAAUAUUGACAGUAAUGGUGCCAUCAGCUUUGAUGAAUUUGUUCUUGCAAUCUUCAGCUUUUUGAAUUUCUGUUACCUUGACAUACAGUCAUUACUAAACUCGGAACCAGAGGGGAUGCCACAUGGUAUGGGUCUUCAGGUGAUGAAUGGAACUGACCAGGGGACAGAAGGAACUUCACAAACUCAAGACAAAGUGGUGCUUCCUUCAGGAACGGCAUCAUCAACUCAUCUCAGCCUAAAAGAAGAGAGAGCAGUUGAACACAAUAGGGUGGACCCACAGGGACAUACCACAGCUCACAAACUACCAGUAGAAACAUCUGAACACAGUGACUCCAAGAACCAACAUCUGAAAGGAGAUGAACAGAGCCAGAAAGUGGCCCAAGAUGUAUCAGCAACAGGUGACAGUAGAACCCAACCUGAGACAAGUAAGCCAAUGGCAGGAUCAGAACAGAUCAGCAGUCGCACAAAGGUGGAGGGACAGAAUAAGGAGAGUCUCCAGAAGGGAGAUACACUAGCCAGGAAACAAAGUGGCACUGAGACAGGAGAAUGGUUUGGAGAACAGGAAGGGAGCUUGGGAACCCUGCAUUCUCCACUGGGAGAAACCACACAGAGGCCAGGUGGAUCAUCUGAGGAUCAGGAAGCUGCAGGAGAGAAGGGUGCUAAGGAACACCCUAAAGCACAAGAACCAUCAGUACAGGGAAAAGAUGAGCCCAGUUCAGACCAUGUUGACCUGCCAAAACAAGCUGCCGCUCGGAAACCAUCUCAGACACAGAAAUCAGCUGCUCCCGAGGAUGACAGAACAGCUGAGACUCCAGAACCACCCAUACAAAAAAAAGAAUAUGAAACAAGGGACUUGUCAGUCCAAGGGGAUAACAGAAAUGUUCCAGAAACACCCACGGUUAGAGUCGAAAGGAAAGAUGUAAGAGGUCCAGAGGUCCAUCAAACAGUAGGGCAGAAACAAAUUGAGGAAAAAAUUCAGCCACCAGCUCUGGAAGAGCCAACAGAAGAUAAGAAGUAUCAUGAACUCCAGGAAUCAUCGAAAAAAAAGAAUGCUGGAGAAGAUUCUGAGACACAUGAGUUAAACUCAGAAGGAGGAGAACAGAAAGAUUCUGAAAUUGAAGGAGCCAUCAGCCCAGGAGAAGAGGCAAGACAUGCCGAGGAAGGCACAGAAGAAGCACUUGUGAACAGUAAAAAUGCCCCUGAAGCAGAAGGGACACCAAGAACAAGAGAAAGAACACGGGAGUUGACCCCACCUGAGAACCAAUCUGGAGAAAAAAAUAAGAUGAUCACCAAGAUUCAUGACAAGCUGGUCGAGGAAGAUGAUGGCUACCAGGGGGAAGGUCCUGAGCCAGUGGCCACACAGAAUGAUGAGAGGUCUCCUGAAACCCCCAACAGCCUGACUGCAGAGGAUGGUGACAGCAACUCAGAGACAAGUGAUCUGUUUGUGCAAGGAGAUUCCCAAAGUCAAGCAAACCCAUUCAGAGGGUCUGUGCAAGAAAGUGACAUUAAUAACCCAGAAACUCAGAAACACUUAGCACUGAGUGAGGAAAAGAGAAUUCAGGAGGCAGUGCUGGCAGUCAGAGGAGAGGAUGAGUGGGUCACGGAGGAACACGCACAGGAGCACAAGGGUCAGGGCUCAGGGACCACAGGCCUAGGCCCAGCUGUGGAGCCCAGGGGACACCCCAACACACAGGUGUUCAUAGGGAGAGAUGAAAACAGAAAGUCCCUGGAGCCAGAGAUCCCGGUUGCUCCAAAUGCAGGCUUCACUAACCAGCUUUCCGUAAGGCAACUCCCUACAAAGAAAGACAGUAGAAAAGAGCUAAAGGUCCAGAGCCCAAGUACCAAAGAAGAGGAAGAUGGAGCCCUAGAAACCCAGGAGGAUUUAGUAAAAAGUCUGGAUGAGAACAAUGCAGUCUCCCAAAAGACACACCCUGCGACAUUGGAGGAGGAGAUUGAAAGCCCCCAACAGCUGGCAGGAGAACAAAAUCUAUCUACGAAAGAACAUGAUCCUUCAGUCUCUGAGUCAGGCCUUGAAGAGAGGAUGCAAAGAGACCAAGAGCUCUGUUUGGUGGAGAGAGGUGCAGAACAUUCUGGUCCCCUGUAUGAGGUCUCGCAGGAGAAGAUGCUGCAGCAAACAGAUGUAACCCAAGGGGAGCAUCAAAAUCAAGCUCAGACAGCCAGUGUAUCAAGCCCAGAGAUCCGCAGAAAACAGUUGAGUGCAUCCCUCACCAAUGACAGCUCAGACUGUCUUGUCUUUUUUAUUGACAGACAAGCACUACAAAAGUACAUCAGGGAGUUUCCGCCUGAUGAGGAUCCUACUGGUGCACAGCAAAUAUUAGCUCCCCACACCUUGGAAGAUAAGCAGGGUCGCCCUCAAAGAGAGGAACUAGAACCACAACAGGAAGCAAGCACUCCAAAGCAAUGAAUCAUUGUCAUCAUCCCACGAGAAGUUCCAAGGAACCUCAUACAUCUAAACAGGCCCCAGACUUCUUCCCUCCCAGUCACUCUCAAUGUUCAUACUCACACACUCAGAUGAAGAUUAAUAAUCCCUUAAAUCCCCUUCCUAAAUUUCUGCUGUUGUUAUUUAGUCUCUAAGUCAUGCGUGACUCUUUUGCGAACCCAUGGACUGUAGCUUGCAAGGUUCCUCUGUCCAUGGGAUUUUCCAGGCAAGAAUAUUGCAGUGGGUUGCCAUUUCCUUCUCCAGGAGAUGUUCCCGACCCAAGGACUGAACCCAAGUCUCCUGCAUUGGCAGGUGGAUUCUUCACCACUGUGCCACCAGGGAAGUCCUCCUAAAUUUCUACAAGAGAAAAUUAUAAAAUAUUCAUCAGCAGAAGCUACCAGCAAAGAAAUGGCAUACCAAACAAACAUUGUACCACGUGAAGCUACUUCCAAGUGCAAAAACAGACUUUCUCAUGAAACCAUUUAUCACCUUACCUGUUUACUAAAAAUAGAAAAAUCUUUUCCAAAUCUUCAAUAAACAUCAAGUUCUUCAAUUGAUUCACUGAUUUUUUUAUAAUGUGACAGUAGAAAGUAUGAGGCUGCACUACUGUCUUAUAAAGUAUCUUUAAUUCAUAGAUGUAUUAUUGUGCAUCAGGACAUUUCCUACAUAAAUUUCAAGUUUAUCUAAAAAUUUUAUCCCUCAAAAUAAUCCUUUAUCACCAUAACUUAAAAUCAUUAUGAUUUCCUAACACCCAAUUAAACUAGAUUGCUGACUCUUUGCUCAUGUCCAAGUGCAACUAAAUCUAUGCCAUAGAUUCACUCAUUCAUUUACUUAUUGAGUAAAUUCAUUAAAUUCUAUUCCUCUAGAUAUCCUUUUCACAGUUUCUGGCUCAAAUAAGCAAUCAGAAUAAUUAUGAAGAAGAGAGAGAAUACAAAUCCAAAAUAUACUUGAUUCUGUAAGAUGUUCUUGUAAACAACCAUGCACUAAUUUUACAAAAUGCUUAUCCAUAUGGUUUUCUGAGGGCAUUGUAUUAAAAUUAACAAUUAAAUAACCGGAUGAGCAAUA